AUGGCAGCUACGACGUUGAAGGGCCAGCCCCUUGACCGCCCCGUCCUCGAUUCUAUGCUCCGGCGACGAAUGUUUUACACUCCUUCCUUCGAGAUUUAUGGUGGGGUUGCUGGUCUGUACGACUAUGGCCCACCUGGUUGUGCCCUGCUGGCGAACGUCACUGAUAUCUGGCGCAAACACUUUGUCUUGGAGGAGGAUAUGCUGGAAGUGGAUUGUACAGCCUUGACACCCGCUGAGGUCCUCAAGACAAGUGGGCACGUGGACAAGUUUGCCGACUGGAUGUGCAAGGACCCAAAGAACGGCGAGAUUCUAAGGGCGGAUCACUUUGUGGAAGAGGUCUUGGAGGCAAGGCUGAAAGGCGACAAGGAGGCUAGGGGUGUCAAGAUUGAAGAGAAGGAGGAGGACCCCAAAAAGAAGAAGCGGAAGGUCAAGGCGACCACGGCUGUCAAACUUGAUGACGCGGUUGUUAAGGAAUAUGAGGAAGUAUUAGCAAAGAUUGAUAACUACAAUGGCGAGGAACUUGGUCAGUUGAUCAAGAAGUACGAGCUUAAGAACCCCAAUACCGGCGUCGAACCCUCCCCACCUGUGGCCUUUAACCUCAUGUUCCAGACUUCUAUCGGUCCAAGCAGCAACGCGCCAGGUUACCUUCGACCCGAGACCGCACAGGGCCAGUUCCUUAAUUUCGCAAAACUCCUCGAGUUCAACCAACACCAAAUGCCAUUUGCAUCUGCCUCCAUUGGCAAGUCAUUCAGAAAUGAGAUCUCUCCCCGUGCCGGUCUUCUGCGUGUCCGCGAAUUCCUGAUGGCUGAGAUUGAGCACUACGUUGAUCCUGAGGGUGGCAAGAAGCAUGCCCGCUUUGACGAGGUCAAAGACGUUGAGCUUGUCCUGCUAAACCGACAUACGCAACUGGCUGGCCAAACACAUGUAGAGAAGGUCUCUAUUGGCAAGGCUGUUGCAGAUGGCACUGUGGACAACGAGACCCUGGGCUACUUCUUGGCACGUAUUCAGCUCUUUUUGGAGAAGAUCGGUGUCGACCAGUCGAAACUCAGAUUCAGACAGCACAUGGCUAAUGAGAUGGCUCAUUAUGCUGCCGACUGCUGGGAUGCUGAGCUUCUUACCAGCUAUGGCUGGGUUGAAUGUGUUGGCUGUGCGGAUAGAAGUGCUUAUGAUCUUACUGUUCACGCUAAGAAGACUGGCGCACCACUAGUGGUCCGACAAAGACUAGAGAAGCCGAUCAGUGUCGAGGAAUGGCAGAUCGAGCUGGACAAGAAGAAGUUUGGCCCUCAUUUCAAGAAAGAUGGCAAGACUGUCGAAGCUGCUAUUGAAGCCCUCCCGCAAGAAAAGCGCGAGGUUCUUGCAAAGGAGCUCGAGUCAACUGGCAAGAUCAUCAUCGAUGUUGAAGGUGUUGGUAAUGGUAAGGUUGAGGUUAGCAAGGACUUGAUCGUUAUCGAACGCCGCACACGAGUCGAGAACACAAGGGAGUUCACUCCCAAUGUCAUUGAGCCCUCUUUCGGUCUUGGCAGAAUUCUCUACGCCCUCAUCGAACAUAACUACUGGACUCGUGGUAGUGAGGGUGGUGAUGAAGCACGUGGUGUUCUCUCUUUCCCACCACCGGUCGCGCCCACCAAAGUCCUGCUCGUUCCUCUUUCUUCCCACGAGAGCUUCAAACCUCUUCUUAAGCAUAUGUCCAACAAGCUUCGUACCUUGGGUGUCUCUAGUCGAGUUGACGACUCGUCAGCGUCAAUCGGCAAGCGAUAUAGUCGAAAUGAUGAAUUGGGUACUCCUCUUGGUAUCACGAUUGAUUUCCAGAGCGUCAAGGACAGUACCUAUACCCUCCGGGACAGGGACUCGACGAAGCAGGUCCGUGCAGACGAGGACAAGAUUUUGGCAGCUAUCAAAUCAUUGGUCGAGGGCACGAAGGUUUGGGCUGAUAUCGAAAAAGAGUUGCCAGCAUUUGAAGGGCAGGAUGCGGAAGUUCCUAUUCGCUAA